GGUUAAAGAUUAAUACUCAGGCAAAGCACUGUAUAAAUGGCCCGGGCAAGCCGAAUGUACGUGAGGUGCCUCCUGCUCUCAGGCCGCCAAGCUGCCCUCGCCCGGCCCCUGCUCAGCGGCAUGAGUGGCCCGCAGUGCGCGCUGUGCCGCGGCUGGCUCCGGGCGCUGCUGCUCCGGGCGCUGCUGCUGCUGCAGGCCGCCCGCCUCGCCCGCGGCGCGCAGCCCGUGCUCUGCGCCCCCUGCACCCCGGAGAAGCUCGCUCGGUGCCCGCCCGUCCCGCCCGACUGUCCGGAGGCUGCUCGGCAGCCGGGCUGCGGCUGCUGUCAGAUCUGCGCUCUCGGGCCGGGGCAGCCCUGUGGGGUCUACACCGCCCGCUGCCGCCUGGGACUCCGCUGCCGCAUCCCUGCAGGAGAGUCCCGGCCGCUCUCCGCCCUCAUCCAGGGGCACGGGACGUGCUUGCCCGCCAGCGAGGCCGGAGAGAUGCGUACAGAAGAGCCGGCAGAUUCUAUAGAACCUGAUGAUAUGCCUCUGGAAAGCACUGAAAUAACACAGGAUCAGCAGCUGAACUAUCAGUUGAUGUUUCCCAUAGGCCAGGAUAAAUCAAUUCCCUGGAAUUCCAUCACUGCGUAUGAAAACAUGAAAGCAAAGAGAAUAUCUGAAUUCAAGAAAUGGAAAGAGCAGAGUCCUUGUCAGAAGGAGCUUUACAGAGCCCUGUAUAAAUUGGUGGAGGCUCAGAGAAGCAGAGGGGAGAUUUACAAAUUUUACUUGCCCAACUGCAACAAGAAUGGAUUUUACCACAGCAAACAGUGUGAAACUUUGCUGAAUGGAGAGUCUGCUGAAUGCUGGUGUGUCUAUCCAAAAAACGGCAGAAGAAUUCCCGGAUCUCCAGCAAUUAAAGGAGACCCAGAAUGCCAACAGUAUCUCAGCUCACAGGAAUAAAACUAAACCCCGAGGUUUUUCAUGCCAAGUUUUCUGUGGGGCCUGUUAUAGUCAGGAACCAUUCCAGUCAGGAGCCAUUUCAAUAAGGUAGUCUUGUGCACCUGAUUUUGAGUGUAUGAGUAACCCCAUAAAGUAACAUUUUUACUGCCCUGAGAUUGCCUACAUAUUUAAGUGAUAAAUGUGAGCUACUUCAAGAUCAAAUCCUAUAAUCUUGUAUAUUUGGUUUAUAUAAUAUUAUAUAUACGCUCAUAUGUAAAGCUGAUAAAUUAUUUAUUUCGCACUGCAUGUGUUUUUGUCUUGAUGUGUUGUUACUAAUUUAUAUUCUCAAACACUUCAUAACUUUAUAUUUAAAUACUUAAUAUUAUUGCGCUUAAAUGUUGGAGGAAGCUGCAACUUAAGCAUUCAAAUGGCAUAGCUAUUGUAAAAAAUGGCUUGUAAACUUGCAUUUUUGUACUACAUAUUUAUAGAUGUAAAACUGAAUUUUUAAAACUAGAUUUCAGUAGAAAGCAUGCUUAGAAACUUAUUUAAAACAUGUUUUGUGAACAUAUUAUGUUACUUUUGCACCUCUGUUUCAAUGCCAGUCUGUUUCUUAAAAAAGAAAUAUUAAAUACCGAAGCUCCUGAUGGGACAGUAUUUGUAUAUUUUUUAAACAUAUGCACUGGAUAAAUGGCAAAACACAAUAUGAUAUUCUGCACCACCUUUGACGAUGUAAGUCGUUCACAAUGUUGACAAUAUUAUUUAAAAUGAGCUUGAGCUAUUAAAAGUCUUCUGCUCUGC